ACGGACAACCUCCCACUACCACCAGUACUGUCGAGAAAGCCGUUCCAACUGCUCUGGCUGACAUUUACGGGGGAGUUUGUUUGCUCCAAACCGUCUUUUUCCCAUUCUUUCCACUUUUUGUGUACUCGUUCUCUUUUCUACCCUUGUUUGUUUCACCUUCUCUACCAGUAUGGACUAUCAACCACAUUCCCCUUUGAGGCACGAUGGCCCGCUCUCCCACUCGGUAAACCCAAAUAUUUACUUCACCCCUGGCAAUUCCUCUCCCAGGCCCAUUCAAUGCCAAUCGUCCACUUCCUACAACUAUGUUCCCUCUCGUUUUAAGACUCCAUUUCUUCCUCGCAACCGUAUUCCUGUGGUCAAAAAUAUUACUUCCGUUAACGAGGAGCAGGUUGCACCUAUAAGUGAACCUAAGUCAGCGUUCACACAGGAAUGUGUAAAGAAGUUUAAGGAUUGGCAUUCCGGAAAAGGAGCCUUCAGUUCUGUUGAGAGCAGAGAGAACGGAUUGACUAUGAAAAUGACGAUACCAUAUUUUCUUGAUUUCAAGAGAGCCCUGGAUAUCGAUGAGAAUGAAAGGUAUGACUCCAUCACUCCAAUUGUAAGUUAUUUACUCAACAGCACUAGGUUCCCAAAAUAUUCGUACGAUACAUUAUCCUCGCUUCUUACCAUUCAAUGUAUGCCAAGUCCCAUUCACGAAAAAGCUGUGUCCACGGUUUCAGAAGGAUUUCAUCUUGCACGUAGGAGUCUUCCAGCCAGCCAUCGUCGAAAGAUGGAUAUUGUAACAAACCAAAACUAUACCGACUUUCAAGGAGCAUAUGAUGGGUCCGAGAAAACUCCAGAUACUGCCGUGGAAAUCACCAACGAUGCCGGAGUCACUGAGGUUAAGUUUAUCCUGGAAGUUGGAUUUACCGAGCCCUAUAGCAUGCUUGUUCAAGAUGCCAAGAAAUGGAUUGAGGGUCGAGAGGCUGCUUGUAUCGUUAUGAUUGUGAAUAUGGAGGAGAAUCCGGCCUAUAAAUGCCCGACUCGAAACCUCUGCAAUGAGGAGUUUUCUCAGCUCGGAUUUCCGCCAAGGCGAGAAAUUAGUAUGGAAACCUUUACUCUUCAAGGGCCAUACGGGCCGGCUUGUUACAAAGGCCUCCAGUGGGUUGGAAGGGUAACAGGUUUCAUGGAAAUUUGGAAGAGAGAUUCAGUUACCAAAUUGGCUACAUGUAUGUCACCCGGUCGCAUAGUAAGUUACUCCCUUAAACUCCAUUUGAAUAUAACCAUUGUAUUCCAUUUUCCUAUAUAAAGUACCUAUUUCCCUUCUGUUUCAAACCCAAAGCAAGCCAAUUUUUGUAGCUGCAAUUGUCACAAAAACAAGCGGUUACUUUUUUGUCAAACAAGAUCUCAAUGCAUGUAAAGUGGUUCCUGCUGACCUGUAUAGAAUCUCCUAAACAUGGCAAAUACGACAUAUAUUCACUUUCAUUUGAAAGACUUUAUGAAUAUCGCCUCCGACAAUGAGCAUAUCCCUAUCGAUUGGGGUAACUAUAUCAGCAACCUGGGACGGUAUAUUAAGCAGGUCGCUGCUGAUAGGUGUCGCCGGGCAGUCGGAGACCAUGAGGGGCGGGUAGACAUGAUGGACAGAGACUACGAGCCGUAAAUGAUUGUAUCUUUAUUCCGACUUUCAAAGUCACAGAACACUCGUGUAUGGUUUCUGUUACCUACACAAUACAGAGAUAAAAUUCGGGAAUGGAGAUUAUUGCGCGUUCCAAAAACUUAUUAUUAGUUUGAACAAUAAAUAUCAUGUCUCAUCCGACUCAAACGGUCCCCAUAUAAGCACGGACCUAAUUCCUGGAACUACUCCUUACUACUCAGGACAGAGGACCUCCGCGACAGUCAAUCUCCCGCCUAGGCCAAUUGUUGAUAUUACCUUCUAGCUAUCUACUGGUAUCCCGAGAGCUGCUUGCGGGAGGGACAGCAUGCUUACCGACUUGUCGGAUGUCUCUCCUAGUCUCUUUCGGACACCCAACUACACGGAAGUCGCUGGUUGGCGAUGUCUCACAUCAAACUUCCCCCAUCGGUAGGGAACCGGACAUCUCUGAUCGCAGAUGUCACUAUCUCACAAAUGUAUGGCUCGAACUAGAGGACCCUCCGGGGCCCAGACCCCGAAUUCUCGCCCACCUGCUGGAGGAAGUGGAGUAAGUGCAAGCUAACUAUUCCCUUGAACCCGACUAAGAUUGCAAUGAUGCAUAUGGAUGCCGACCAACGUGUUUUUCACUGCGGUAAUGUCGGACUGUACGCAAAGUGCCAGAGUUGGUUGGCCGAGCUGCAGAAGUGGUUGGCCAGUGAUUGGGUGCUGCCGGGGAUGGGGUGGAGCCGGGUGUUGAGAAUAUGCUUGAUGCGGGGGGUAGCUGCUUGGGGGAAUAUCGACUAAGUUCAAGAAGAGUAAAAAAAAAAUGCAUGAGCUUUUAGAGGGAAUAGAGAACCUGCCGUCUGGCUGGGGUGGAAAGGCCCUACCGGUGGUGAGGGAGUAGAGUGGAUUGGGAGCUGUUGUUGUCUCGUCUACUAGUAUCGCCCUGAGGGAGGAGGCUUCAAGGCUGUUGGACGAUGCUCUAUUUCUUCCUCGAGUGCUGGAUAUCUAUUGCGAAAACCUGCGCUGCAUGCUGGGCACCCCGAUAGAUAAGAAUAAGGCUUAGCCGAGAAUACUCUAAUAUCAGACCAUUUCUACAAACAGACUUCUCCUGAUACAGAAGUAAAGCGGUUUCUUGGCCGCCAAAUUGUUGGACUCCGGUCACAGCUAAAUUGAAAUGGCAGCGUCCUUUUGAUAAUCAAAAAAGGGGACGCCAAUGGGCAUUAAGGCCAUCACCAAUGCCCACUCUACCAUCCCAGAGGAUUACAUCAAGAAUGUAAAGUACGAUACCAAAUCGUUCCGUACGACACCGCUACGGCAACCCCACUACCACCAUAAAUAUGCCACCUACUCAACCACAAUUGUUCAAAAAGUGUAGAAACUUUAGAUAUAUAUUAAAUAAAUGCAAAGAAACCCCCAAAAAAAAUUACAGAGAAAAAAAUUUCAUACUUUGUGUACCAUCCCCUUGC